AUGGCAGACUCGACAUUCUCCAGCCGCUAUCGCAAGUACAAGCAAGACACUCAUAGACUCAUCCGAUGGCUUUACUCGAUAGGUCGCACCUUCGUCCAGCCUCUUGGGACGACUUUGUCAGUUAAGGAUCUUCUUACUUUGGCCCACUGUAUCUGCAGCGCCGUGCCCAUCAUCGACAUCCCCCUGGAGAUCGAAUAUGCAGUCCGCGAUGCGAUUGCAGGUCGAGUUGAAGCAUCUCGUUCUUACGCCAGCUUGCUGCAGUCUUGCCAGGCGUCGACCCUCCUGGCCGAGCAGAAUGCGCGGCAUGAGCACUUCAUCAGGGUGUUGCGACAAAUACUGCAGUUUAUCCAGGAGGCACGAUCGCGCCUAAAGAUCGAGUGCAAUGCACGCAAGAUUGAUGACAAAGGCAAAUAUGUAGAUCCCAGAGCAGCAGCCGAUAUUCUACGCUCUCUUGAUCUCGAAGCAGGCCGAUCAGAAGAAUGCGACGAUGGCGGACUGCCUGAUUAUGAUGACCGGGACCUCAAACUCGAUCGCGAUGAUGGCGACUUUCUCUUCGAGCUGUGGACCUUCCUACAGGACCAGCGAGAUCUGCGCGAGCAUGUUCGCAAAGUCUGGGACCGCUAUCACAAAUGUAAUAUCACCUUUGCUGUGGCCACCAGAGUGACUGAGUCCGCCUUUGGCAUCAUUCGAGAAAUGUGCGAUGCCUUCACGCUGAGCAGCUAUGAGCAGCUCACGGCGUGUCUGGGCUUGGCACUGUUCAGCUCGAGCACCGGGCCGAUGUUCUUCACGUUGGCGACUGAUGCGACUGGGAGCCGCUGCAACUCUAUUUGGACACAAAGCUGGCAGGCAUCGUUCUCGGAGCACCCAUUCGCCCAGGCGCUCGACGCUGUCGCUGAGUCAGUGUCUGCUCUCGCGAUCAAAGGCAGUCCAGGCGACGAUGCUAUCGACGGAGUCUUCCUGGACGAAUUCACGCGGGCCCUUGUCGUCUUCAAGCAGAAGCAGAUCAUCCCAAUGUCCGCGGCAUUCCAGGCGCAGAUCUACAUGGAUUUCUUCGAAGCUCUUGGAGGCGACGCUGGUCUGCCGCUCCUGGCUCCACGACGCACGCACGAAAUCAUGGACGAGAGCAGGUAG